AUGACUCUAGUUCUACCAGACGGUUACCAAUACAUAGCUGCCUCGUUGCUGUCGGCUGCCUGGGUCAUCGUAUGGCAAAUCGUACGUAUCGGCUCUGCCAGGAAGGCAGCGGGCAUCCCUUAUCCUCAACUGUAUGCGGAGAACGCUCAACUAAAAGAAAAUCCAGCUGCUCUUCGGUACAACUGUGUCCAGCGUUGCCAUCAGAACACUCUCGAGACUAUCCCGUUGAUUCUUAUUUCCACUCUCAUAACCGGACUCAAGUAUCCUCACUUUGCCGCCGCCACGAGUUUCUUCUGGGUGCUCACGCGUAUCGCUUACACCAUUGGGUACUCCACGGGUGUGCCAGAAAAGGCAAGUUACUCUACUCAGGCAAACGAAGAUUUCAUGUUUGUUGACAUUGAAUUAUAA